CCAUCCUCCCCACCCUUUUAAUGCAAUGCAAAAAGUCCAUAUACUUUACGUCUCACGUCUAUAAGAAACUGAAAAAUCACAGUUUGCCCUAUUUUUAAGAAUUGGGAGUCUCUUCUCUCUUCGGCCUCUCCGCUCCGCCCUCAUACCACUGCCUUCUCCAGCUCGCUCCUCUAUCUCACCAGUCACCUCCUCUCGCUCUCAGACCACCGCCGUCUCCAGCUCUCUCCUCUCUCUCGCCCUCAGAAGCCACCACCGCCGUCUUCGGCUCGCUCCUCCAUCUCACCCUCAGUCGCCUCCUCUCGCUCUCAGACCACCACCGUCUCCAGCUCUCUCCCCUCUCUCGCCCUCAGUCGCCAUUGAAGUCUUUCUCUGCCCUCUUCCAGGUAAUUCUGUUGCUGUUAUAUGUAUAGAUGUGGGGUUCCACUUCUCUGAGACAAGUAAAAAACAAAGGAAUCUUUAAGCCACGAUUCGUAGCAAUCCAACGGCACAGAGAACGCCUUGUAAGCACUAAGCACAGUCCCUCAAUUAGAAAAAUGGAUAUGGAAACGGUGAAUAACGUGAUGUGCCAACUUACCGACCGGGAAGGGACGGCUUUGGAAGCUCCCUUGUAUCUUCCACAGGAUGCCGGUCCUCAACAGCUUCAACAAAUCGUCAAUGAGCUUCUCCGCAAUGAAGAGAAGUUGCCUUACUCUUUCUACAUAUCAGACGAGGAGCUUCUUGUUCCACUUGAAACUUACUUACAGAAAAAUAAAGUUUCUGUGGAGAAGGUACUUUCCAUUGUUUAUCAACCACAAGCUGUUUUCCGGAUCCGUCCAGUUAAUCGUUGUUCAGCAACCAUUGCUGGUCACAAAGAACCUGUACUUUCGGUUGCUUUUAGUCCUGAUGGGCGGCAUUUGGCAAGUGGCUCUGGAGAUAUAAGUGUUCGUCUGUGGGAUCUUAAUACUCAAACACCACUGUUUACAUGUAGAGGACACAAGAAUUGGGUUCUUUGUAUUGCAUGGUCACCGGAUGGUAAACAUCUCGUGAGUGGGAGCAAGGCUGGAGAGCUCCAAUGUUGGGAUCCUCAGACAGGAAAGCCAUCAGGCAGUCCACUUGUGGGCCACAAACAAUGGAUUACUGCUAUCUCUUGGGAACCAGUCCACUUGAAUGCCCCAUGUCGUCGGUUUGUUAGUGCUAGCGAAGAUCAGGAUGCACGCAUAUGGGAUGUUUCAUUAAGGAAAUGUGUUAUCUGUCUCACUGGUCAUAAAGAUGGAAUAACUUGUGUGAAAUGGGGUGGAGAUGGAGUAAUUUAUACUGGCUCCAAAGAUCGUACCAUCAAAGUCUGGGAGACUUCACAGGGGAAGUUAAUUCGGGAAUUGAAGGGUCAUGGGAAUCGGGUAAACUCCAUGACUUUGAGCACUGAUUAUGUUCUUCGUACUGGAGCUUUUGACCAUACUGGCAAAAUAUAUUCUUCGCCAGAGGAAAUGAAAAAGGUUGCUCUGGAAAGAUACAACAAAAUGAAGGGCAAUGGCCCUGAGAGAUUAGUUUCAGGUUCUGAUGAUUUUACUUUGUUUCUCUGGGAACCUGCCGUUAGCGAACACCACAAAACUCACAUGACAGGUCAUCAAAAGCUUGUAAAUCAUGUUUACUUCUCACCUGAUGGGCAAUGGGUGGCUAGUGCUUCAUUUGAUGGGUCAGUCAAGUUAUGGAAUGGUGUUACUGGAAAAUUCGUUGCUGCUUUUCGAGGACAUGUUGAUUAUGUUUAUCAAAUCAGCUGGUCAGCUGACAGUAGGCUUCUUUUAAGUGGAAGCAAAGACUCCACGCUGAAGGUUUGGGAUAUAAGGACACGGAAGUUAAAACAAGACCUUCCUGGCCAUGCUGAUGAGGUAUAUGCCAUUGAUUGGAGUCCGGAUGGCGAGAAGGUAGCUUCUGGAGGUAAGGAUGGGGUAUUGAAGUUAUGGAUGGGCUAGACCUAGCAGAUGAGUAUAUGGUGGAAAUGUCAAACCACACAAUAUUUGGCAACUUCAAUGGACAGCAAAUGAUGUGAUGAUAUCUUGACGCUAAGCAGUGGGCAGAACAGCAUGAUAAAAGAAAACUGAAAAAAAUGUCUAUAGAAUCGUUCAGUGGAGAAGCAAGCAAGCCUAUUUUCACUGUAAUUUUGGAAUCGUUGUUCGUGGUGUUUGCAGAUUACAAAUUAGGAAUCUAGGGCCAUAAACCAUGUCAGUAAUUUUAAAAAAUAACAAACAGAAGUUAAAACAGGCAUCUUUUAUUUUUAGCAAAUAUUGGAAAAUCAGUCUUUCUGCUGUCAUAAAUGGAAAAGUCCAUUAUUUAAUUUUCAA